UCAAAAAGGUAAACCAAAGCAGCAAUUGGAAGCAUUGCAGCUCCAAUGACAGGGUGGAAAUAGCUUCACAUUUAGAUGCUUUUGGUCACCUCUACAUUCCUUGGCCUCUUGCCAUUAUCUUUAGACCAGAACGAACCUGGGACACUUCAACAAUGAACCAGAUUGUGCCAUCCAUUUUCACAAUCCUUUCUGUGGAGUUAUCAUGCUGUCCUAGAAAUGCAUUUUCAGCACCUUUCAAGGCAUACGAAGAGCUCGGGAAGAGUCCUCCAGCUCCAGAGGCCAAUGCUGGGACAGCUCAGCCAACUUCAGAAUCACUUAUGGAGUUUAUGGUCAGAAGCAUCCCACACAAGACUGGACUCUCUCGACCGCAUGUUCUCUUGAAAAGAUCCAUCAACUGGAACAAUGUGAUUCCAAACCGGCCCGCCUUCGCAAAGAUUGUUGUCGAAGGUUCUAUAGGAUUUGGUUUUGCCUUUGUUAUCGCAAUUGCUUUGUGGUGUCUCCUCUCUGAAUUGGUAGGUCGACUGAAGGGGGUUAACUCUCGCGGCAAGCGCUUUAUGCAACAUAAUUACUUUUUGAGGCAAGUCCAGGAGGAAAAAGAGAAAGCCAGGAAAAAACUAAUGGAAGAAAAUGAAUAUGAAGGCUCAACUAAGACAGAAUGAGAGGAAAACUACGAAGACAACCAUGUAUUGGGGAAAACAAGGAAAAAGAAAAUAAUGGAAGAGGAGGAAGAGGAAGGAGGAUAUUCUGUCCCAGAAGGAAAAGCAAAGAAGAAAGGGAAAAAGCAUGCAAUAAAGAAGAAACUAGGUAAAAUUAAGAAGGUUGCAAAAUCAGAAGCUGUGCAAAAGCACAUUGGUAAAAUUAAGAAGGCUGCAAAAUCGAAAGCUGUUCAGAAGCAUAUUGGUAAGAUCAAGAAGGCCGCAAAAUCGAAAGCUGUUCAGAAGCAUGUUAGUAAAAUUAAGAAGGCCGCAAACUCCAAGGUUGUUCAGAAGCACGUUGGUAAAAUUAAGAAGGCUGCAAAAUCGAAAGCUGUUCAGAAGCAUAUUGGUAAAAUCAAGAAGGCCGCAAACUCCAAGGCUGUUCAGAAGCACAUUGGGAAGAUUAAGAAGGCCGCAAAGUCCAAGAAUAUUCAGAAACACAUUGGGAAGGUCAAGAAGGCAGUGGCAUCAAAGGCAAAGAAUAAGAAAGAGGGGAAAAGUAAGAAUGAGAAGAGCUCUAAAAAGAAGAAGGAAGGUGAGACGAAAAGUAAAAAAAGCUCACACAAAAAAGUGAAACGUAGGAAAAGUGAAGAGGAUUCUGAAGACUGACUAGCAAGCACAAAGACUGGGACCAGGUGGUCAAUGGGGAUUGGUCAAGAGCAGGCAGAGUACAGCAUCAUCCCAAAAGGAAAGUGAAGAGGGCAGGAGCACAGGUGGCCUCAUAUCAGGGGUAGCCAAAGUAGUGCCCUUCAGAUGCUGCUGGACUACAGCUCCCAUUAUCCCUGGCACCAUUGGCCAAGACAGCUGGGGGUGAUGGGAGCUGGAGUCCAACAACAUCUGGAGGGACACCACAUUGGCUACCACUGCUUAUAUUAUUAGCCUGGCCUUGAUGACAAUGGAGGGACUUCCUCUCUGAGCGCUUCUUC